CCUAGAACCAUAUUUAAGCAGAAAAACAAACGCUGUUGCUGGAGAAGCCAUACCAGUGCUCAGCAAAAUGUACCUUGUCUUGCCUGGAUUGGGGAGUACCAACUUUCACCUGAUUUUUUUUGCUGCCAUUUCCUUCUGUGUGGCCAUCGGACUCCUGAAAAUUGUCCAGCUUUUUCAAAGGAGACAGAAGCUACGUAGAGCUCUAGAGAGCUUCCCAUGUCCUCCAAAGCACUGGUUUUAUGGCCACACCAAUGAGCUGGGUCGAAUUGGAGAACUAGGCACAAUGGUGUCCUGGGCGGAGAAAUAUCCCCAUGCUCACUCCUUGUGGUAUGGAGCUUUCUUGGGAUUUCUGAAUAUUUAUGAUCCAGAGUAUGCCAAGGCUGUUUACAGCAGAGGAGAUCCAAAGGCUCUUGAUUUCUACCGAUUUUUUCUUCCAUGGAUUGGAAAAGGGCUACUGGUUUUAGAUGGGCCCAAAUGGUUUCAGCACCGACGACUUUUGACACCAGCAUUCCACAGUGAUAUUUUGAAGUCAUAUGUGCCACUGAUUGCUGAUUCCACCAAUGUGAUGCUGGAUAAAUGGGAAAAGCAGAUUUCAGAAGAUAAAUCCCUGGAUAUUUUCCAGCAUGUUGGCCCCAUGACACUGGAUAGUUUGUUGAAGUGUAUCUUCAGUUAUGAGAGCAACUGCCAGAAUGACAGUAAGAAUCCAUAUGUUCAAAUGGUUACUGUCCUCAGUUGCUUGAUGCAAGAAAGAAUACAGAAAGUUCUCUAUCACAAUGACCUUAUCUAUCACCUCUCUCCUCAUGGAUACAAUUUCUUUCGUGCUUGUAAACUAGCUAAGCGCCACACAGAAAAAGUGAUUCAGCAGAGGAAGGCACUCCUCAAAGAUGAAAGAGAACUUGAAAAUAUUAAAAAAAGAAGGUAUAUCGAUUUUCUGGAUAUUCUUCUUUGUGCCAAGGAUGAAAAUGGUGUUGGAUUAGCUGAUGAAGACAUACGUUGUGAAGUGGACACUUUUCUCUUUGAGGGCCAUGACACCACAGCUAGUGGGAUUUCCUGGAUCUUACAUGCAAUGGCCCAAAACCCUGAGCACCAGGAAAGGUGUAGGGAGGAGAUAAAAGAAAUUGUCGGGGAACGAGACACCAUAAACUGGAAUGACCUUGGAAAGAUGACUUACACCACAAUGUGCAUUAAGGAAUGUCUCCGUGUUUAUCCUCCGGUCCCUCAGGUGUAUCGAGAGCUGAGCAAGCCUGUGACAUUUCCUGAUGGAAAAACAUUUCCUAAAGGUGGUUUAAUAUCCCUGAAUAUUUAUGCACUUCAUAAAAAUUCUAACGUGUGGAAAGAUCCUGAGGUGUUUGAUCCUUUCAGGUUUUCACCAGAGAAUUCCUCUCGGCAUCCCUAUGCAUAUUUACCUUUUGCUGCUGGACCCAGAAAUUGCAUUGGGCAACAGUUUGCCAUGAUGGAGCUGAAGCUGGUUGUUGCCCUGACUCUGUUGCGUUUCCACAUCUCUCCAGAUCCUGCUAAUCUUCCCCUUGAAAAGCCUCAGCUUAUCAUGCGCUCCUGGAAUGGGUUUCAUUUGUAUUUAAAGAAACAUAAGCAAUAAUUUGUAUCUUUCUGCAGUGUGUGACUUUGAUAUUCUUUUAUAUUCUGUUCCUCUAUGAGAAGUGUUAACAGCUGCAUACCAUGUAUAAUCAAUGAGAACACAACUAUGAAAAAACGUUCUAAAAAGUAAUAAUUAACUAUAAUGAAUAGUUCAAAAGGAAGGAAAACACAAGCCAGGCAAAACUAGCGGCAAUAAAAUUAAUCAUUACACACCAACACCCUAUCAGAAUAAACUUUAUUUUAUUUUAUUUUUUGGUUUCUGGCAGUUCCAUCAUUCUGAGUUCAAUGGCAUUAAGAUUGGAAUAUGGUAGGACCUUCCCCAUCAUCUCUCCCAUUAUCUGGUAUAUGGAGGGAUUCUAUCCUGAGCUUGGAACAUUUUUAAAGAGACAUUUUGUGUUAUAUUUCAGCAACCAGGUUGAUGUUAUUGUUAUUAUUCCUCCAGUCACAUAAGAAACAUAUUGUGUUGCAUAUUAAUUAAUGAGAUGCAUUGCCCUUACUAGCAAGCUGGGAAUAUACACGGAAAUACUCUCUGGCUCUCUGCAUACUCUCUGAAACUUGCAAAUAUUUGUACAACACUGAAGAUAAAACCAAGAAAUGGAACUGUGUGCUCCUUUCACACAGUGUGCUCCUUUGAUAAAGAAAGGCAUAAAAUGUGUGUGGGGGGGAAGUCGACAUGUCUCUUAAAGUAAUGUUGAAAGUAACUCAUUACAUUAAAAGGUAAUGUAAAUAUUUGCCAUAUUACUCAUUGUGUAGAAAGAAGGGAAUGUGAACGAAUUACAGAGUAUGAUCACAGGUCAAUUUACAAAUACCUUCCACUACGAAUUCCACUACAAAUAUGAGCAAACUUCAUUGAGGGCCUAUCCAGACAGGGGAAUUUGAAGCUGUCUGACCUGCCCUUAAAAGGUGUUUAUCUUCAGUGAAAUCUGUCACUUGAGAAAUCCUGUGAAAGUAUUCACACAAGUCUUUGGAUUGUUGGUCCAAAGACUUGCCGAACAAGUCUACUUAGGAACAAGUCUACAUGGUUUACUUGCAACUAAGGAGGCACUGAGGGGGAAACUGCUCAGGUGAAUGUUGGGAAAAGAGGAGGGAAGUAAUUCCUCUCUUUUCCUGCCUUUCUCCUCAGCUGGGACUGUGUUGCCUGUGGGGAGUGGAGCCAAUGGAAUUGAAAUUGCCCCCUUCCCUGCCUUUUCUCACUACUGUCAUUCAGCUGGCUGCAGUGGCUUUCCCUUGCGUGUGUUGAAUAAAGUAAGUGGCAUAUCAAAAAA